AUGACAGUGAGAACAAACACGCCCGACUGCAAACCUGAAAGAUUGAAGGGCGAGAAUAGACGGACAUCUGAGGCCUCAUUGUCAGCAGAGGGGGAAAAGAGACUUGACAGUUUGGAAAAUGGGACAUCAAGCGAUGACCCUGCACCAGCACAAAAAGGGUCCAUCACUGGUUUGAAGUGGUUCUUUGCCUACGCGUCAGUGUUGUCUACAGUUUUUCUCUUCGCCCUUGAUGGAACAAUCGUCGCAACCCUUCAACCUUCCAUCGUUGAGACCUUCGAAACCGAGAGUGAUCUUUCCUGGAUCGGAGUGAGUUUCAUAUUGGGAGAUACCGCUAUUCUACCACUUGGAAAGGCCGUCGGCAGAUUCAACAUCAAAUGGCUCUUUAUCUCUUGUUUGAUGAUUUUUGAAAUCGGGAGUGCGGUCUGUGGCGCGGCGCCCACAAUGGACGCGCUUAUUGUCGGUUGCGUUAUUGCCGGCGUUGAAGGAUGCGGCGUCUAUGUAGGCGGACUUACUUUCGUUGCAUUGCUUACGACGGAUCACGAGCGUCCACUUUAUUUGGCUGGAAUAUAUUGUGUCUGGGGCAUCGGUUGCGUUCUUGGUCCUAUUAUUGGAGGCGCCUUUGCCCAGAGCAGUGCCUCCUGGCGCUGGGGCUUCUACAUCAACCUCCCUAUCGCAGCACUGUUCGCACCCGCCUAUUUCAUCUGCUUACCGCCCAUCAGGCCACAGCCGAACAAGCCCUUCCUAGAGAGACUCCGUUCACUAGAUUGGAUUGCCACAAUCGUGUUCCUGGCUGGGGCCACCUGUCUGAGUAUGGCUCUCAGUUUUAGUGGCACGGAAUACGCCUGGAGCAGCGGUUCCGAAAUUGCUCUCCUCGUCAUGACUGGAGUGCUUCUGAUUGCCUUUAUUUUCGUGACCAUAUUUCACCCAGGGGUGUCGGCGGAAGAUAAACUCUUGCCAUUGGGAUUUAUGCGCACUGCCGACCUCAUUACGCUACCAAUUCAGAGUGCUAUCGUCGCAGGUGCGAUGUAUACAUACAUUUACUAUGUCCCACUGCUUUUCCAGGUUACUAGGUCCGACAGUCCCCUCGAAGGUGGUGUGCGCAUGCUUCCACUCAUUUGCGCGCUGGUUUUCUUCGCCCUCUUGAAUGCGACCUUUAUGCCAAAGCUUGGAUACUAUAUGCCGUGGUAUGUCUUUGGCAAUGCCGUUAUCAUUAUCGGCUCUGCUCUCAUGGUCACUAUUAAUUCGGGUACUUCUCCAGCACGCAUAUAUGGAUACACCUUUCUCAUUGGUGUUGGAGUCGGCUGCUUCCAGAGCGCCGGCGUUGCUGUCGCGUCAGCAAUUGCUGCACCGACUGAAGUGAAUAAUCCUGUGAGCCUCAUGACUAUUGCUCAAAUUUGCGGCGUUCUCGCAUCUCUCUGUAUCGAUGGAGCUGUUUUCCAGAAUCUCGUUAUCAAUAAAAUCAGCAGCGUUCUUCCAGGGUACAGCACCAACGACAUAAGCGAACUCACCGCUGGGACCAGUGGCUCUGUCUUCCAGAGUUUGCGCUCGAAUCAACAAUCAGCUGUUAUUGACCAAGUUACUGAUUCGAUCCGACGGGUCUUCAUUUAUCCUCUUGCUGUCUCCGCAUUUGGGUUUAUUCUUUCAUUUUCCUUGAGUCGCCGGAAGCUAUAUCUUGCCGAAGGUAAAGUUGCUAAAUGA